UUUUUGAUGUUUCGAGCAGUGAAAAGAGCUUUGUCUGAAGCAGCCAACCUAUAUGAUACUUGUCAAAGUGUUUCAUCUUCUUCUUCCAACAAACCCAUUGGGCACUCAUAUCAAGGAACAAGACUUUGUUUCGGUGAAAGAAAAGUUCAAGUUGGGCCUCUUAUCGCAGAAGGUGGAUUUUCCUUUAUUUACAAGGCUACUGAUGAAGAUUCACUGGAGAAGUUUGCCCUAAAAAGAACUCUGUGUUUGGAUAAAGAAUCCUUUGACAUGGCAUAUUCAGAAGUACAAGUAUUUCAACUCCUUCCACCUCAUCGCAAUAUUGUAAGAUAUUAUGGUUCUCAAACCAAAGACCUUGAAAAGGGAAACAAAGAAAUACUGAUAUUGCUAGAGUUGUGUCAAGGUAAGAGUUUAGCAGAAACUCUAUUUUUAAAUAGUGCCAAAGUGGAAGAAUAUUGGUCGGAAUCAAAAGUAAUUCAAGUAUUUCAAGACGCCUGUUCAGCAGUAGCUCACUUACACGCACAGCAUCCAACAAUAUCUCAUAGAGAUAUCAAACUGGAAAAUUUACUCAAAAGUACUUUGGACAAUUGUUUCAAGUUAUGUGACUUUGGAAGUUGUUGUUUCAAUUCUACCCAAAUCACCAACAGGAAGGAACGUUUUGAACAAGAAUAUAUUCUUCAAAAGCAAAGCACUUUUAUGUAUCGUGCUCCAGAAAUGGUGGAUUUGUAUGGAAAACAAAAGUUGACUGAAAAAGUGGAUAUAUGGGCAUUGGGUUGUAUUUUGUACAUUUUAUGUUAUAGAAAACAUCCCUUUGAAACGGGGUAAGUAGAAAGUCAUAAUGGAAUGAAUUGUCCAACUUAUGUGGACCACCAUCAAGUUCGGCUGUUCAAAUAUUAAAUGGCAAAGUGGAUAU